UUUUCUCUUUGUUGCCACCCUUCUACUUUUUGACCUGAGAUUCUUUUUCUUUCACAGUAUACAGGCUAGAUGCGUCAAAAACUUCCAGAUGGAUACGAGUAUGACUCAAGCAUACCCCAUCCUGUCACUUUUCGUAGCUCCGAUGGCAACGUAUUAGAAAUCACCAUACUGGCAAGCAACGUUGUCCGCGUCAAACACCAGACUGGCGGUAGCAGCAAUAAAUGUCAUAGCAACAAUAAUGAAGAUGACAGCGCACCACUUCGAAAAGCAGAACAAUCGACAUACUCGAUGCCAUCUUUCAAAGUGAAAAGGUUGCGUCAACAAGAACAAUCCGACCGAAUUCAAGUCGAAACACCUCAGCUUCGGAUCGAGGUUGAACUGCCGAACCUGCGCCUUGUAUGGUAUGACAAAGAGAGCAACGAUCCGCAUAAACCUUUUGCGGAAGACCUUGCUCGUCGAGCGUAUGCCUACAACAAUGGCGGCGAAGAAAUAUGGCAUUAUCGCAAACGGUACUUGGACGAUGCAUAUUUUGGCUUGGGCGAACGUACAGGCCCAAUGGAUCUGGCUGGUCGCCGGUUUCGGCUCGAGCGGUUGGAUAGUAUGGGCUACGAUGCUGAAACACAGGAUCCGCUCUACAAGUUUUGUCCGUUUUAUGUGACCUUGUCUUCCACUACAAAGCGUGCCCAUGGUAUAUAUUAUCAGAACUUUUCCACGACAACAGUUGAUUUAGGCCAGGAGUUGGAUGCGAUGUGGGGCCCUUACACCAGCUAUCAUGCUGAAAGUGGUCCUCUGGACUAUGUCAUGAUCUACGGACCCUCGGUCUCAUCUGUUGUACGAUCCUUUGGUAUCUUGACAGGCGCACAGCGCCAUUUGCCACCACGAUUCGCAUUUGGGUAUCUAGCAUCAUCCAUGGGCUAUGCCGAGGCUGACAAUGCACAAGCACAGCUGGAACAAUUUGCCAAACUAUGCCGCAAACACGACAUUCCAUGUGACGGCAUGCACCUGUCUUCUGGAUAUACUGUCACUGCCGAUGGCGACCGAUGCGUGUUUACAUGGAACACACAACGGUUCCCGGACCCAGAAAAAUUGGCCGCGCGGCUCAAAGCAGCCGGUAUCCACAUCUUUGCCAAUGUCAAGCCAUGGCUAUUGCACAAAAGCCAUCCAGACUAUGAGCAGCUAAAAAAAGCCAAGGGUGUCGUAUGGGACGAUGAAAAUGACAAACCAAGUACUGUUUGGCAAUGGCGCGCGGGCCGCUAUACGAUGGGUGAGGCAAGCUAUAUCGAUUUCACGAGCAAGGCCGGUUAUGCUUACUGGCAAGAGCAGUUGCGCACCCAGUUGGUCGAUAAAGGUUUUCUACCAUGGCUGGAUAAUAACGAGUUUGCCAUGCUGGAUGACCAGCAUACCUAUGCCUGCGAGGUUCCAGCUGACAAAUACGAUGAUCUUGUGGGUUUGUUCCCAGUCAUGCCAGAGGAAAGAACAUGUGCACGGCAAGUAGGAACGUCAAUGCAAACCCUGUUGAUGGCCCAGGCAUCGUAUCAAGUAUUGCGUGCUGCCAAGCCGAUCGAGCGACCCUUCUUGAUUACUCGAUCAUCCGUACCGUUCUGUCAACAGUUGGUGACACAGACGUGGAGCGGUGACAAUUAUACGGAUUGGAAGACGAUCAGAUUUAAUAUUGCCAUGGGUGUAGGAGCAUCUCUAUGUGCCGUGCCUAGUGGCUAUGGGCAUGAUGUUGGCGGAUUCUCUGGGCCACGACCAGAUCCGGAGAUGUUUGUUCGUUGGGUGCAACAGGGCAUUUUCUGGUCACGAUUUUGUAUCCACUCGUUCAAUACAGACGAUACAAUCACGGAGCCAUGGAUGUAUCCUGAAGUGUUACCAACGAUCCGUGAAGCAAUCCAUUUACGAUACAAGCUCAUACCGUAUUUGUACUCAUUGCACGUCAUCUACGCCUAUCGUAACCACGAACCUCUUAUCCGACCUGUCUUUUACAACCACCAAGAUGAUCCAAAGACAUAUACCCAGCAGUUUGAAUUCAUGGUCGGACCAGAUGUACUUGUGGCACCUAUCGCGCAUCCAGGCGAAACCAAACGGUUCGUUUAUUUACCAGGCCAAGAACAGCAGCAAAUAGGCUGGUAUCAUUAUCAAUCAGGACAAUAUUUUACUGGUGGUCAGACGGUCACUGUCGAAAGCUCACUGACAGAUGCAGCUUCACCGGUCUUUAUCAGAGCCGGCUCAAUGAUUUGUUUUGGCCAAGUCAUGAACAAUGUACACCAGACGCCUGACAAUGAACGCCGUGUUCAGAUAUUCCCUGAACGAUGGCAGCAACAGAAAACCAACAGUAACAGCGAUAAUAGCGACGACGACGAUCAUAAACAGCAACCCAUAGUAAGACGCACGUUUACCAUGAUUGAAGACGAUGGCAAAACAUUAUAUCACGAGCAAGAAGGCAAAGCCUAUGCUGAGGUCCGUGUGUGGAUGGAAGCCGACGCCGAAACAAUCAAGGUUGGUCUGGAGAUCCUGAACGAUGGGUAUUUCCCUGACUAUGACACGGUAUGGGUCACUUGUCCCAUCGCAAGUGAAACGCGUCGUCUAGUGUUUAUCGAUCCACAAUUCAAUGCAGCGAUCAAUCUGCAAGAGUGUCCACGUAUUGUGGACGAUACCACAAUGCAUUGCUAUUAUGGCAUACCCUUGCAUUUCAACAAGAAACAGAAUUAAAAUAAAAUAUUUCAUGUGGGUGGCCUGAGCAUGGCUGCAAUAGCGGCG